CAUUCACCCCCGACCCCGACCCCGACCCCGACCCGAGAUCAUUUCAACGGCCCGGCUCUCCCAUUCCGGAUUGUUCCGCCGCCCCCACACGUCUCGUCUCUCCUCCGUUCCCCUCCGGCCUCUGACCCGUGCAACUGAACCAGCGAUGGCGCGCCGCCUCCUCGCCUUCCUGCUCGCGGCGUCGCUGCUGCUCCCGCUGGCCCGCCCGGAGGACUCCUCCACCUCCUCCACCUCCAACUUGUCCCCGGCCGCCAACACCACCGCGUACGACGAGCUCGGCCUCCGGGGGUUCCCGCGGGGCCUGCUCCCGGCCAACGUGCGGGCCUACACGCUCGACGCCGGCUCCGGGGACUUCGCCGUCCACCUCCGCUCCAGCUGCCGCAUCGUGCUGCCCGCGGGGAGCUACCUCGCCGCCUUCAGCGACCGCCUCACGGGCCGCCUCGACGACCGCCGCAUCUCGGGCCUCGACGGCAUCCGCGUCAGGGCCUUCUUCCGCUGGUGGUCCAUCACCGGGAUCCGCGCCGACGGGGACCAGCUCGUCUUCGAGGUCGGAUCCGUCUCCGCCAAGUUCCCCGCCCGGGACUUCAACGCCAGCCUUGAGUGCCCCGACCAGGCCGCGGCCUAAGUCAACGAGAAACAAUAAAGCAAAGCAAGCUGGCUGGACUAUUAAAGAAAGGUAGCAGAUUAUUCGGCCACGUCUUCAUUCGAUACCCUGGGGCAAAGCAGGUGUGAUGGCUUUGCGGGCUUCUGAACACCUGCCCAAGACAUAUUUUUGCAUUCAGCUAUUGGGACCCUGAAUGGUCAUCGCCAUGGCUCCAUAAGCUUCUCAACUUUGAGCAGUGAAAUUAUUAGCUUCCACACCUGAUGCAUGACUCUCCACUGUAACUUCUGAAAGCACAUAGAAUUUCUGUUUCCAGAUCUGCAGUAGGGAAUCAGAACUUUAUUCUUAGCCAUAAGAGUAUAGAAUAUCAAUUCUGUUGCAUUGCUUUGUACAUCACUUAAAUUAUAUGUGUAUGUAUAGUUUUUUAGCUCUA